AUGGCUAAACGCAUACGCAUGGAGGACUCAGUCGUAGACGUCCCUAAUAAACGCAGACGCAUGGAAUCAUCAGUUGCUGAACGCGUCGUCCAGCAGGAGCUCCUCCCAAGAGAUGUUCAAUUUCAGAUCCUCUCAAGGUUACCGGUCAAGCCGCUGAUGCGCUGCAAGCUCGUAUGCAAGUCAUGGUCCUCUCGCAUCCGUGAUCCACUCUUUGCCAGGGCUCACCAAACCAUUCACAAGAACCAACACACGACUAACCUUUUCCUCACCACCUGUAACCCACACACAAAAGAACCUAACAACUUGUUCUCGAUACAAGUCAAGCAUGAUGAAUCAGGGAAUCUAACUAGUACGCCUCCGGUUCACCUUGGUAGCACUUCAUAUUUAAUGGGGUCUCCAUUUUCUACGUCCACCUUUGUGCUUUCAGCCGGCGUUGUCUGUCACUACAGUGAUGAUGAUGAACCUGUUCAUAUAUUCAAUCCCUGCACCCGAGAGGUCCUUACUAUUCCAAUGCAGCGCUCAUCGAACCGUGUCAGUCUUGGAUUCAGUUCUCUUACAAACGAGUACAAGGUUCUCCGUGGAAGAAAAUCGCCGUUUGAAUCGUACAAGUUGGAGAUUUUAAGUCUAGGUGGUGGUGGUGGUACGUGGAGGGAUCUACCGGAGAUUGACUAUCAAGAACUUGGUCUUGUUCCUAAUCUUUUGGAUUUCUCGAAAUAUUAUUUGUGCAUCCAUGGGGCCUUACAUUGGAUACAACCUGCUACGAAUAAUCGACCUACUCUCUUGGCUUUUGACGUUGGACAAGAGAUAUUCAGGGUAAUCCCAUUCCCCCUGAAUAAAAACAGGAAUUGGGGACUUCGUUUAAUUCAGGUGAACGGAUGCUUGGCUGUGUUUGAUGUAGAUGUACAAGAAUAUUCUACGGCAAUGGAUUUCUGGAUUUUGAAGGAUUACCAGAAUCAAGUUUGGUUCAAGGACAGUAUCAUCUUUCCUGAACGACGGAACGAUUUGGGACUCCCUCGGCCUGUUGGCUCAAUCCACACAGGAGAGCUCCUGCUCACUCCGACUCCGACGUCUCAGACCGGCCACGGCUUCGUGCAUCUUUACGAUAUGAAACUUAAAACGUAUAAUAAAACUGAAAUCGUGUUACCCGAGGGUUCCGUAAUAUCAGCUGCAGGUUACGAUGAAACCAUAUUCCCCUUGAAACAAUAA